AUGGAGUUAUUUGCAACUUUAGACGUUGGUCACAUUGAGGAUUACCAAGCCAUUACACGAAUUAUGGCGUCUCGGGACAAACGAUGGUUAGCAAGUCUUGGACUCAAAGGACCUCGUAGUACUUCUCACUUGGCAUAUAGUACCAAGUGUAGUGCAUACGAAGCAGAACAAGUAGAUCCAGAUAGUGAGAUGGAAGCACUUGAGGAGGAGAUGAUGGACAUGGCAAUUAAUACACGGAUGGAGAACGAACGACCAAAUGCACUCACUUUGCGACUUCUUCGAGAUAACAUCGCCUUGUACAUGCAUACAAAGCAUCGAACUCGAUCACCUAAAGUAGAUAAGCAAGAGAUUGAUGCGAUGCUACGUAAGAAAUUGCUGCGCAUUGACUGGCUUGAUAUUGGCAAGAUUGAAAAUCUUGACGCGUUUACACACGUGGAAGAGCUAUAUCUACAGUACAAUCUAAUUGAGACGAUCGAAGGUUUAGACAAGCAUGGACAACUCAAGCUUCUUGCGCUUGCUGGAAACCGAAUUCGUCAAGUCAAGAACUUGAAACAUCUAAGAAAUCUCAAGGUUUUAGACUUGUCAAUGAAUUACAUCGACAUGUUUGACGUAAGCGAACUCCCGCCAUCUCUCCGCGUAUUGCAACUUGCCGGAAAUCCCUUUGUGCUGCACACACCAGCCUACGCACCAUUAAUCUUCGAGAGAUUGCCGAAUCUUGUGGAGGUUGAUCACUUUCGACGAACCUCAUCGAGAAUGUCACUAAAAACUGAAAAGUCAGCACUCGAUAGUGAGAUCGCAGCUUCGAACAUUCGACCAGCCGUAUUGCCUCAACCUGUGCCUCAUUUGCCAAUCGACCAAUACCGUGCACUGCAGGUCGAAGUGGAGCUAUCUCAAAACGAACAGGAUCUUCUUGACAACCAAGAAACAAAAAACAUGGUGGUCUCUGAUCAACUCGAUAACAAACAUCAGCGUAACGAUCGGAUUUAA